CCGCGGGUACCAACAGGAUUUACCUGGUAGUGUGUAGUAGUAGUCAGUCUCGUAUUCAGUAAGACAGUUUGGUGCGCAAGAAAAUCGUCGCGUUUCCGCGACGUUUCAACUGCAAUAUGUGUGUGUGUGUGUUUUAAAUUUCUUUUAACUAUUGAAUUUGAAAAAAAAUUCUUUAUUAUUUUGGUUAGUCAACUUUUUCAAAUUGUGAUUAUAGUGAUUUAUUUUCCAAUUCAAAAAAUAAUACUUCAAAAUAGUGUUGAGAAAAAGAGUGAAAUUUUUUACAAUUUGGUGGUACAAAUAAGGAAAAAAAAAUAGUGGUUUUUUUUAAAGCAUUUUUGCAGAUAUUUUAGUUCUGACGGAUGGUCAAAGACGUGAUGAGCGAGUACGAACGAAUCAAGCGUUCGUGCUUAAAACGUGGUGAACUCUGGGAGGAUCCUGAAUUUCCAGCUACCCAGACUUCAGUAUUUUAUCAUCAAACACCACCAUUUCAAUUUCAGUGGAAGAGACCGAAGGAAUUAUGCAAUCGACCAAUUUUUGUCAGCGAUGCACCAACGCAAUUCGACGUCAUUCCUGGGAAAAUGGGUGACAAAUGGUUGGUCUCGUGCCUUGGUGUUCUUCAUUUGAGUAAGGGUCUUUUUUAUCGUGUUGUACCUGCUGAUCAAGGCUUUGGUAACACUGGCGAACCAUCAGGAUCACCGACAUCGGAAUACGCUGGUGUAUUUCGCUUUAGACUUUGGUGGUGCGGCGCCUGGGUCGAGGUCCUCGUCGAUGACCGACUUCCUGCCGUUCAUGGACGUCUGGCCUUCGUUCAAAGCCGUCACAGCGAUCAAUUCUGGCCAGCACUUCUGGAGAAAGCUUACGCAAAAUUACAUGGUUCAUAUGAAGCUUUAAAGUACGGAACUUUAUUGGAUGGUUUAUCAGAUUUGACAGGUGGAAUUACUGAAAGUAUUACAAUUCGUCAAGAUCCCACGGCAUGUGGUCGUGCUUUAACAAAACUUUUAGAUAUGACUUCCUUAAUUACCUGCACUGUUAAUAAUAAUCAGCAACAACAACAAAUUCGUACAAGUACAGAAAAAUUGGCAAAUGGAAUACAAAUGGGAAUUAAUUACAGGCUCUACGCUAUCGAAAGGGUAGAAACAUUUAGUGGCGAGGCUGUGCAGUUAGUAAAAUUAAGAAAUCCCCUUGGACUUGGAGGAGAAUAUGUUGGUGCUUGGGCCCGUGGAGGCCUCGAAUGGGAUGAAAUUCCUCCUGCAGAAAGAGAACGACUGACUGUUCGAAAUAUGGCUGAAGGAGAAUUCUGGAUAUCGUAUUCGGAUUUUGUAAAAACGUUCACUCAUCUUGAAGUCGUGCAUCUUGACGCUGAAACUUCAAGGGACGAGCCUUCUUUGCACAGUAAGCACACUUGGCAGAUGAAAUUGUAUCAAGGAAGCUGGAGAAGAGGCGUCACCGCUGGGGGAUGUCGAAAUAAUCAAGAAACAUUUCACAUAAAUCCUCAGUUACAUCUCAUUCUCAGUGAAAUGGAGGAAGUCAUUGUAUCUCUCAAUCAACAUUCGAUUAUGGAGCCAAAAGUGAUUGGAUUUACAGCUUACACGCUGCCAAAAAAUAGUACCGAAUCAAUAAAUAAGCAAUUUUUCAAGAAAAAUAAAUCGCUCGUAAAUUCACAGUAUACAAAUAGUCGACAAGUCAGUCAUCGAUGUCAAUUGGAGCAAGGUGGUUAUUUACUUGUACCAACAACUUUUGAGCCCACUCAGGAAACAAGUUUUACACUACGAGUUUACAGUAGUAAACCCUUAAAAUUGAAAUUACUAGAUACGCCACCCUCUUUGAUGAAAUCAGCGAUUGUCAAAGCUCCUAUUCUUGAAGGCAAAGGAUUUUCCCAAUAUGAAGCUGUAUUUCUUCAACUUGCAGAUGAACACAAAACUGUUAAUGCUUUCGAGCUUCAAGAACUUUUAGAUGCUUGUUUACCAAAUGAUUAUAUUAAAAGUUGUGCUUGCAUGGAAGUUUGUCGACAAGUCGUCCUAACAAUGGAUAGCACGAGUAGUGGUAGAUUAAAAUUUAGCGACUUUAAAGAUUUAAUGUGCAGUUUAAAAUAUUGGCAAACUGCAUUUAAGAAUCAUACGAAAGAAAAAACUGGUAUUUUAAAAGCGGAAAGGCUUCGUGACGCUUUACUUGAAGUUGGUUUUCAAUUAAAUACAGAUGUUCUGUCAAUUCUUAUCCUUCGAUAUAUGAGGAAGGAUGGAACUUUAAGAUUUGGCGAUUUUGUUUCAACAAUUUUACACUUGAGUGAUGCUUUUGGAAUAUUUGAAAGCAAAGAUCCAUUGCAAAAUGGAAGUAUCAAACUUAGUUUGUCAGAAUGGCUGCGAUCAUCUCUUAUGUGUUGAGAUUGUCAACGUGAUUUUUUUGUAUUUUUAGAUUAUUUGUAUAUAUUGUUUCAUUGCAUCAUUUUUCUACUGUUAAGAUUAAGCCAUAUUAAAGUUAAUUUUUAUUCACAUUGUUCAUUGUAAAAUAAUGUCAUCGCUUAUUAAAUCAUAAAAGUAAUUAAUUUCUUUUUGUAUAAUGUAUAAACAAAUUUAAUAAAAUUAAGUAUUGUUUUGUAUA